GCGUCAUGUUCCCAUUUUGACAGGUCUCCUGCUCGUUUGGAACAGGAAUUUGUAUGGAUUUGACAGAUGACCGCUGUUCCAAUUUUGACAUUGACGCCACUCUACAGACUCGUAGCUAUAUUCGGCUGUUAUAUAAAUGCAAUCGAGUAACAUUCCAUAUGUCACGCGAAUAAUACGUGAAUAAGCGGAAAUAAAUGGUAAACAGUUGCUGCACUUUCCUAUUAUCAUCAAGACUUCCUUGUGCCACGCUGGAAGAUCGCUGAUAGCAAGAUGAUACGAAGCUUAGUCAAAGGUGCCAAGAGCCUAGUUGCAACGAGCAACCUACGGAACGAGCUCCUCCGGAUACAGGGCGGCUGCCGGAUUGGAUUUGGCACCAUGACGAAUCAGCGGACGAAGCCACCCAACAUUGUGGUCUAUGCACGGGAGGACUGCGCGAGAGCUGGCAUGGUGGAAACCCUUCGAGGUCUGGUGCAGGCUGAUUCGUACACGGUGUAUGCGGUUACGGAACGACAGAUUGAGGCACGGGCCUGGAUUGAGAGCACCGCGUUGGUGAUGGUCCAUGGGGAGGUUGAUGGAAUUGUGGCAAAUGCGGUUUUGGACUACUUCUUGGGCGGUGGAAAGGUGCUGGCAGUUUGUUCGGAUUUGUUGAGGCGUUUUUUGCCGAAUAGAGUUAAGUAUGGCGAGAAAAAGAAGGAAGGCGUUUCACUGAGCUAUGAUAGAUGGCAAAACGUGAGGAUGGAUCAAGAUAUACUUGACUGGGUAGGAGCUGAGGAUGAAUUUACUGAAGUUGCUAAGAGUUCGACGGGUGUUGAACAGGAACUGAGGAUAAAGAUAUUAGUGCGGGAAAAUAUGUUCAAAUCGCCGAGUAUUUUGAAUGUUAGGGGCUGGGAAGCUAGAGGUAACAGCAUUUUUACACAAAUGUAUUUAAACAAAGAUAAAGAACCUGAAAGAGACAUUCUAAAGCAUUUGUUAGACAAGAAUCUAGAUAUUAGUAUUAGACAAACAACACAUCUUGAGCAAAACCAUUACAAAAAUGCCUUCUUGGUGGGCACUACACCAUGCAAAAACAACUACCUGAAAGACGCUGAAAAAAUUCUCAAACUGAAAAACCUUGAGCUGCAAUUCUGCACAAAUUCGGAUAAUCUCCCCACGUCUUCAGAAACCAAUCUGACGGUUCUGGUCGACCGCAACCCGGAAGAUUUCUCAGUCGAAGAGUAUUUCACCAAUUUGCGAACGUCCUCCAUCGGUCGAUUAGCAAUUUACUGCCCCCUGGUGACCAGCUCGAUGGAUAUCGUUUCCAAUGCCACGUUCCAGCAUGGCUUCGUGGUCAUUUCCCGGUGUCAAAGCCGAGGCAGCGGACGGAACAACAACCAAUGGCUCAGCCCGGAAGGCUGCGCAAUGUUCUCGCUGCAACUCCACGUCCCACUGGCCAGCGCCCUUGGUCAGAGGUUACCGGUUAUCCAACAUCUAGUGGCUGUUGCGGUGGUGAAAGCGGUGCGAAGCAUACCAGGCUACGAAAACCUUAACAUUGGAGUUAAAUGGCCGAAUGACAUCUACGCCAACGGCUGCACCAAAAUCGGAGGAUUAAUCAUAAAUUCACAGCUCUGCGGCGCGGAGGCCAUUGUUAACGUGGGCUGUGGCGUGAAUCUCAGCAACUCCAAACCGACGAUGUGCAUCAACGACUUGAUCGAGGAGUACAACAAACUCGAACACACAAACCUUCCUCCACUGGGCUACGAGGAAACGUUAGCCAGAAUUUUCAACGAAAUAGAAAACCUCUUUCUCACCGUACAGGAAAAGGACGACUUGCAAGAUCUCUACAAUCUGUACUACAAGUAUUGGCUCCACGGCGACAAACCGGUAAUUGUCAAGGACGAAGACGGUGCCGAGAUGGCCGGAACAAUCUCAGGAAUCGACGAGUAUGGCUAUCUGCUGGUGCAGAAGCUCAACGAGGCCCGCUCGAUUUGUGUUCAUCCCGAUGGGAACAGUUUCGAUAUGAUGAAAGGACUAAUCAUUCCAAAGUACUUUUAAAGUAUGUUAGCGCAGGUUCAGGGACGUUUUACUGGUUGAUAUUGAAGAUUAGGGGUGCCAGGCCAUAGGCUAUAUAGUGUUGAUCUCCGAUCAUGGUUGGUAUUGUUUUAUAUUUUAAUAAAGUUUUCAGACUGUUUUCAAUAAUUAUCACUGUUUCUUAUUUGUCACAAUUGUGUAGAAUGGAAGCCAAUUUUAAGACUGAUAAACAUAAAAACAAGGCUGUUUUCAGGAAUGUUUAUGCAUUUAUUCAAGGAUGAUAAAGUAUAGUCAAUCUCUUACAGGAAACAAUAAGGCUUAACGUUAGUCUAAAACCAUACACAGCUCGGUCAGGUUGAUAACUAAAUAAAAUAUAGUCUAGUACGUGACUUC